AUGCCAUUAUCUGCCAUUUAUGCGUGGUUCCGCCAAUCCAAACCCCGUCCAACUGGUCUACUUGACUUGCCCAACGAGCUCCUGAUCAAGAUUGCAAGCUUGGUUGACCAUAGAGCUAUCCCGGCGUUGCGGCUGGUGUGCCGUCGGUUCGACCCCGUCGCAUCGCCGUUCUUGACCCUUACUAUCCAAGUCAAGCAAACUCAGGAAUCUCUAGACGAUGUCCAACGUCUACUUGAAAGACCACACGUCGCAUCUGGUAUACGUGCCAUUUAUGUCCACCUGCGCCACCGCUUCAGCCCUCUCGCGCUGGACAAAUCGCUUUUCGUCCAGAUCUUUGAGGACAAUGUGCUGCCCACGCGUCGCUACUGUUGUACCGUUGAAGAGGGCAGAGAUCACUUCAUGUCUGACGACUACAGGUGGGAAAAGUGGCCGCAUAUGCAGGUCGACAAAGCCAGGCCAAACGACGCCAAGGAAAAGUACGAGCAAUUACUUCUAUCGGCAUAUGAGAUCUACAAAAAAGAAUACUAUGAGACUUCACGUAUUGUAUCAGAAAGAUCUCUUAUUCUCGCUUUAGCCAAGCUAGUUUCCUUUACGAAGAGCCCUGUUGCACUCAAAUUCAGGAGAAGAACCAGGUUGGAUUGUGAGGAGAGCCCGCACCCAGAAUCUGACCUCUUGAACUACUUAGGGAGCACCAACUGUUUACUUGCGCUACCAACAAAAUAUAGAAAGCUCCUGGAAGUUGAUGUGGCAUUACACGAUGGUAUUAUUUGGGACCUCCCCAUCGCUCUCCACCAGGCAGGAUGCAUUGUUGAUGCUUUGCGUCUGGCAGGUGUACUCAACAUCAUGGGAGAUGCCGUGCUUUUUGCAGAUGCCCUAUCGCCAAGCAAUGAUAGCAAGAAGCUGAACGAACUCCGACAAGCCCUGCAGAACUUAACCAAGUUUGAAAUCAUGCGCCUGGUGCGUAUGGGCAUGGGUCAGGGUGAUAAUCCUGGUCUGAACCACUUUGCGGAACCGCCUGUGGAACGUCUCAUGUUUGGGGAUUUGCUACGUACGUGCCUAUCUGGGCCAGGCAUCGAGCGGAUACGGCUGUGGGGUGAGUCCUGGGCAAGGUGGGGGACCUGGGCAGAUCCGUCAAGGCAUGAAGCAAUUGAGGAUGAGCUUACCCCCGUGCUCAAAUGA